AUGUUGAAGCGCAGUCUUGUCGACAUAUUCGUCUUGCUCAUCCUUGCGUCCGCUGUAAGGUCGACCAAAGUGACGUGGGCGAACCCCAAGUCGGGGUGCAACCUGUUGAACCACCCUGUGAAUGAUGAUGCCGCCAGGACAGACUGGAGGGGAGCUUGCAUUGACCUCUGGAAGGGUGUCCCCGGGUUCAAUCCCACAGGGUGAGUGCCAACCAAGCAAGGGAACGAAGCGUGGCGCACAGGAGCGGAGAGGAGAGUUCACUUUAUCUAUCUCUCGGAUGCCGUGCGUAAUCACAGCGAUCACUGACCCAGUCUUCCUGAACCGCAGAGGACAGACCGCCGAGGUGUAUUGCUUGUAAGUAAAGUUGUAUCGGUGCUCACGAGCGCAUAACCCUAAGCCCGUACUCUGCCCGUACCAUCGUUGACUACGCCCGCGCUUAAUGUCGCAGCGACCUGACCAAGAGGCAAGCCAACGGACAAGUCGUAGAUUAUAUUCCAGCCGUUGCCAACUACCUAUGUUGGCCGAUUAUCUGA